AAGAAAUCGCAGACUCAGCGCGUGGCUUCACUUCCCACUAAAACCAAUUCCAAUUUCCCUUUCGCCCUGCGAGCCGUGGAAAAACAGAGGCGGUGGCGCACGAGACCAGAACUCGCUAGAGAGAUUAUUAAACAAAGAGAGUAAAAAGCGUUAAAUUAAACCCCUUUUUUUUCUUGCACGACAAGGGUUUAUCUUUGUCAGUCCAAAGAAGAAGAAGCAGCGGCAGGCGAACGAUGGAGAAGGCGGUGGCGGUCUGCGGCGAAGAAGCGUUGGAUCUGCUCAACUGCGUCGCUGAAUCUCCUUACGAUCAGGACAAAUGCCUCCGCCUCUUGCAGGCCUUGCGAGAUUGUGCUGUGAAGCAGAAUGUGAAGAAGUUCUCCCUAGCAAACGAGGCCAAGAAUGAAUCAGAGGUAUCGCCUAAGAAAGGUUGACAGUUCACUCUCGCGGAGCUCGUGGGAUCGAUCUUUCUCUAUAGGCUGUGUCAAGUUCAUGUCUUUAAGUUUAGUGUUUCACUAGGCUGUGUCAAGUUCAUCUAGUCACUAGAUGAGUUUUAGAUGCCUGAAGAAUCCUAGUUUCUGGUUACGAAAUUCGGUGUCGUCUGCAUCUGUAUCAAACCUCACUUCCAUUGUUUACUCUAUUGUUGUUCCUCACACGAGGAUGUAAAACUUCUAAAGAUGAAUUUAUGAUGCCCAGCUGAUGAAUGUGAAUGACCCUUCAUGGUGUUCUUUUAUUGUUCCUAUCUACAUUGUCAUCCAAAUGCCAGAUAGUUUCUGUU